GAUGGCGGUUCCGCGUUUCUGCCGACGAGAAGAGAGAAAGAGAGAGUUGACGAUUCCAAUCAUUCCAUCGACUGGCGACGGCGGUUCCGCGUAGCUGCCGAUGAGUUGCUCGGUUGAUGAAACCUGGUGGAUUUGGGGAUGUUCCUAUCGGUUGUGUUAGGCGAAGAUGCUCCAACUGGAAGAUAAAGAAGCGGCAGCUAUGGUCUCAUUCCCUCGGAUUAAAAAGGCCCCCUAAGGAACGA